GAAGAAGAAGAACACAGGAAGUCUGUGAAUGGAAACUGAAAGCAAUAAUCUCAGUUAUUUGAAAAAGGCAGGUCUGACGUUCUGAGUAGAGCAGCUUGCAGUCUGUGCACCUUCGUCAGGUGAAGGAUAACAGAACAUCUGGGUCCCCUGAGCCCAGACAGACACAGAGGAGGACACCUGGUUCACCUGAGCACAGACCGACAGAGGAUCGCUGCAGAUGGCCGGGUUUCUGGAUAACUUCCGCUGGCCGGAGUGGGAGUGCAUCGACUGGGGGGAGAGGAGGAAUGCUGUGGCUUCUAUCGGGGCUGGAGUUCUGUUCUUCACAGGCUGGUGGAUCAUGAUCGAUGCAGCAGUGACGUAUCCGCUACAGGAGCAGAUGAACCACGCCUUCCACACCUGCGGCGUCUUCUCCACCAUAGCCUUCUUCAUGAUCAAUGCGGUGUCUAACGGCCAGGUGAGAGGAGACACGUAUGGAGAGGGCUGUCUGGGCAGGACAGGAGCUCGUCUCUGGUUGUUUAUCGGCUUCAUGAUGAUGUUUGGCUCGCUCAUCGCCUCCAUCUGGAUCCUGUUUGGAGCAUACGUGGUGCCCAAGAACCAAGUGGCUCCUGGUCUGGCUGUGUUCUUUCAGAACGCCUUCAUCUUUUUCAGCACACUCGUCUACAAGUUUGGCCGCACUGAAGAUCUAUGGGGGUAGAUGGUGUAUUUAAACAAACACACACACACUGAUAGUGAGUGUUGUGGGUCUUUUUUACUGGAUCUCUUCAUGUUUCCUGCUGUAAAAUGUUUGUUUCUGUUCAAACUGUUUCUGUGUCUUCACAAGAAAUAAUUUAAAGCCUGUAUUUUAGAUAAGGGACUUCAUAUUUGUAUAUUUAUUUAAGAUGUUUCAGUCUAAAUGCACUGAAGUCAAUCAGCUGCUCAAACUGGUCAACACCUCACUGGAGUAUUAUGUUUUAGAGAACAGUUUUGUGUUACCUGUCGACAGGUGUGCGUCUGUGUUACCUGUUGACAAGUAUGCGUUUGUGUUUCCUGUGGAAAGGGGGGUGCUUGACUAACCUGUCAACAGGUGUGCAUUCCUGAAACCUGUUGACAGGUGUGCGUCCGUGUAACCUGUCGACAGGUGUGCGUCUGUGUCUCCUGUCGACAGGUGUGCGUCUGUGUCUCCUAGCGACAGGUGUGCGUCUGUGUUUCCUAGCGACAGGUGUGCAUCUGUGUCUCCUUGCGACAGGUGAGUCUCUGUCACUCUGUUUCAGGGUCAGAUGUCAUUAAGGUGUUGCUGUCUUGCCGCUCUUGUUUUUGCUGGCCAUGUAACUUAAGAUGUAAGAACUCAUGUUUUUUUUCUGUACAGAUAAACUUUAGUCAUUUUAAGACAUUUUAAGUAUUUAAGAUUAGAACAAAGUGAAGCAGACUGCUGUAGUUUCAGUAUUUUACGGAGGAUUUGAUCCUCUGGAUUUUCACCUUUAGACACAGAAAACAUUUUUUUUAUCGUGCCACAAAGUUUUGACCUGCAUAGAAGAAAAAUGAGGACGAAAAUGAGGUUGUGGGAUUCAGGGUUUUAUCCCGUCAUCUUUGUAAUCAGUAGUCUCAUUUGUAAAGAGCUCGAAACACAUGAAAUAAAGAAAAGCCUGUUGGAAAAUA